AUGGCCGUCGUCAAGACCUCGGAGAUGGACUACGCCAUCAAGCCUGAAGCGUCUGUUCCUACCGUUAACACGGAGGAUUGGCCGCUUCUGCUCAAGAACUAUGAGAAGCUGCUCGUCCGGACUGGUCACUUCACCCCUAUUCCCGCUGGCUCCUCUCCCCUUAGCCGUGACCUCAAGUCCUACAUCAGCUCCGGUGUCAUCAACCUCGACAAGCCGUCGAACCCUUCCAGUCACGAAGUCGUGGCUUGGAUGAAGCGGAUCCUUAGAUCCGAGAAAACUGGUCACAGUGGUACCCUUGAUCCCAAGGUCACUGGAUGUUUGAUUGUCUGCAUUGAUCGUGCGACCCGCCUGGUCAAGUCUCAGCAAGGUGCCGGUAAGGAGUACGUCUGUGUCAUUCGUCUCCACGACAAGAUCCCCGCGUCCCCCCUCAUCUCUGCCGUCAAGCGUCAGCUCCGUAUCCGUACCAUCCACGAGAGCAAGCUCUACGAGUUCGACAACGAGCGUCACCUUGGUGUCUUCUGGGUCAGCUGUGAGGCUGGUACCUACAUCCGUACUCUCUGUGUUCACCUGGGUCUCCUCCUCGGUGUCGGUGCCCACAUGCAGGAGCUCCGCCGUGUCCGCUCCGGUGCCAUGGACGAGAGCAAGGGUAUGGUCACCCUACACGAUGUGAUGGACGCCCAGUGGGUCUACGAUAACCAGCGCGACGAGUCUUACCUCCGCAAGGUCAUCAGCCCCCUGGAGUCUCUCCUCACCUCCUAUAAGCGUAUUGUCGUCAAGGACAGCGCUGUCAACGCCGUCUGCUACGGUGCUAAGCUCAUGAUCCCCGGUCUGCUCCGCUACGAGUCCGGCAUUGAGAUCAACGAGGAGGUCGUCCUCAUGACCACCAAGGGUGAGGCCAUCGCCAUUGGUAUCGCUCAGAUGUCCACCGUCGAGCUCACCACUUGCGACCACGGCGUUGUUGCCAAGGUCAAGCGCUGCAUCAUGGAGCGUGACCUCUACCCCCGCCGCUGGGGUCUCGGACCCACCGCUCUUGAGAAGAAGAAGAUGAAGUCCGCUGGUCAGCUUGACAAGUACGGCCGUACCAACGAGGCUACCCCCGCCAAGUGGAAGAGCGAGUACAAGGACUUCAACGCUCCUCUCGAUGCUGAAGAGUCUGCCGCCGCUCCCUCAAUCGCCCCUGCUCCCAAGGAGGACUCCCCCGACCCCGUGAAGGCCGAGGCUGACAGCGAAGACAAGAAGCGCAAGAGACACGAGGGCGAAACCGCCGAGGAGAAGGCCGAGCGCAAGAAGAAGAAGAAGGAGAAGAAGGAGAAGAAGGAGCGCCGGAAGUCCAAGCAGGACGAUAGCGAUGACAGCGACUAG